CAAAAUGGGGUUAUCUUCCAUCACAACAAAAAAGGCAUGAACGUCUCCCAACCGCCAUUUCUUGUUCCUUCGGAAACCAUGGAGCUCCUCCCAUACUCUAGACGUCUCUCUCCCAACUCAUCCCCAAAACAACUUCACCAAAAUGCAUUUUCCUUUUGGCUCCACCGACUCCAUCUUCACCUCCAAAAGCUCCCCGCAGGGCUGCAACCUUGCCCAUCUAACUCGCCGCGUCCAUUUCAUUGCCAUAACAACUCAUCGACAUUACGAGGUGUACAUCGAACGGAAAUUGCAUGUAGAAAAUCGAAAAUUUUGGUGGCAAAGCUCAAAUAAAACUUGUAUAUUUCCGGCCUAUUGAAUGAGUUAUGGAGGAUGUGUUGGAAUGAUUGAAAUGAGCGGAACGAGGAUUUCCGUUCCAUGUUUGCUGCUUCUGAUUCUUUCUUUAGCAUCAUUCGGGACUGUUUGGUGUGAUGAUGGGGAUGAAUCCGAUGGUGAUAUUGGUGAGGGCCAUCAAGCUGCUGCAGUGCCGAUUGUUUCAUCUCUCAUAUAUACUCAAAUUUCUAACCUUACAAAGGUUUAUAACAAAGAUAUCAACAGGGAGCUAGGAUUUUGCAUUAAUGAUGUAUGUCAAUGCAGCUUUCAAUUUUUCAAAAAAUUUGGAUUUCAUGAGUAACUGUUAUAAACAGACAAAAGGUACUCCUUCAACUAUACUUUUAAUUUCCCGGAAACAAUGUAGGUGGCAAAGGUUGAUUAUGAUGAGAAAAACAACACAAGCAAUAAUCACAAAGAGCAGAUAGCACAAACUUAAUGCACCAAAAAAAAACACAACGAUUUUACGUGGAAAACCUCUCCAAUGUGAAGAGAUAAAAAACCACGGGACACGGAGUCCACCAAAAAUUCACUAUGAUCAAAUGGAGUGUUACAGAAACUCAGUUCAACAAUCACCAAUAGGUUAACAACCCUUGUGGAAAGAAUCUGCCUUAAACUAGGAAGACAGUUUAGAGGCACAGAAAAAAGGUCACCAGAAAACAGGGUCACAAACUGAGGGCCAUUCCCGAUAAAUCAGAGAAGCAAAUACGAUCUCCACCGUUCAGGUUAAAACUCAAGGUGUUACCGACGAUCAGUUCAAAUUUCAACCAAAUCGGACACCGUUUGAUCUUCGAUCUUGGUGUUUGAUCAAAACUGCGCAGUCUGAAAUUCGCCUAGACCUGCACUAUUUUCUCAACGUCUUUUUCUGUUUUUGCAGCACAUCCAUACAUCAAAAUGAAGCAAAGUACAAAACCCUUUAACAGGAUUAAAAACUUGGGCCAAGAGCCAUUAUGGGCUGCCCCAAGAUCAAAUAAAACAAAGUUGGAUUUUUCCACAUAGGAAGGGACCCAAACAACCCAACAGAUUAGACAUUGCAUUGUGAGGCAUUAGAUUAGUGCCACAAUUAUUACAUUCAAGGGAGAACUAUAUCAUCACCACUUAAUCCCAACUAAUUGUAGUUAACCCUAUAAUUCCAUGCAAAAGAAUAUAGUGGCCAAGUUUUAUGCUAAAUGCCCUUAAGGUACACCCUUCUUAAUUGAAACAGAUAAAGUUCCAAAACCUUCAUCAAAAGCAAUAGGUUUUUCCACGAGUAUGGAUAUUAUUGCUCCCACGAUCCCAUUUUAUGUAUAUAGGCAAGACUGAAGAAAUUUACGAUUCCUUUAUUGUAAUGUUUGAUACGGUGUACGGAGUAUAAUAUAAUCAAAAUAAAACUGGCAUAAUUAAAAAGUACAUUUAGAGUUAUUCCGUAUAUAAAAAAGUAGUGGCAUGACUAUUUUAUUUUAUUCAUGAGAAAAGAUAGUACAGAAGUUAAGCUAAGAACGAAGAUGCAGACUAACACUAACCAAUGAAUAGUAUCUAAGACAGAUGUAAGACAACGGCUAUGUACUGCUGCAGAAAUAAAAUUCUACUUCACCAGUUUUUUGGAUACAAGAUCAGCAGAGGUUCAAUUCUUAAAACCCAACCGAAAUUGUAAUUUGACAUCCUGGGUUCCUGGAUGUGAACCAGGAUGGUCUUGCAGUGUUCCUGAGGAUGAAAAAGUGGAUCUUAAGAACUCCAAGGAUGUACCUGAGCGAACUCUUAAUAGUCAGCCUUGUUGUGAGGGGUUCUUUUGCCCUCGAGGUCUCACUUGCAUGAUACCUUGCCCCUUGGGUGCUUACUGCCCUCGCGCUACACUCAACAAAGCAACCGGUGUAUGUGAUCCGUAUCAGUACCAAAUACCUCCUGGCAAGGUAAACCAUACCUGUGGUGGAGCUGACAUAUGGGCAGGUGACACCAGUAGUGAGGGAUUAUUCUGUUCAGCAGGAUCUUUUUGCCCCUCUACUACCCAAAAGAUUCCCUGCUCCAAAGGGCAUUACUGCAUGAAGGGUUCUACAAAGCCAAAAGCAUGCUUUAAGUUGAGUACAUGCAAUCCAAAAUCGGAGAUCCAAAACCUGCACGCUUUUGGGUUCAUGAUAAUUGGUGCUUUAAGUUUUAUACUUAUAAUCUUCUAUAAUUUCUCUGAUCAAGUCAUAACAACUCGGUAUGCAAGAAUGGCGAAGUCCAGGGAAGCUGCAGCAAAACAUGCCCGAGAAACUGCACAUGCAAGGGAAAGGUGGAAGUCUGCAAAAGAUGUAGCCAAGGCUGGGGGUUUAGCUGGAUUACGACAAUUCUCUCGCACAUUCUCAAGGAAAGGUAAUAAUACAACAAAGCAAGCAGAUCUGUCGGGCCCAUCACUACCACAUAAAGACCCUGCAGCAGAAAAGAAAAAGGAAACAAAUAACCUCACAAAAAUGAUGCAUUCAAUUGAAAAGGAUCCAGAAAAUCAGGAAGGCUUCCACAUGCAGAUUGGGGAUAAAAACAUUAAGAAGCAAGCUCUUAAGGCUAAACAAUUGCAUAGUCGUACCCAAAUAUUUAAGUACGCAUAUGGUCAACUUGAGAAAGAGAAAGCUUUGGAGCAAGUGCAGCAAAACAUGACAUUCUCGGGGAUAAUAUCAAUGGCCACAGAUGAAGAUAUUAAGACUAGGCCCACUCUAGAGAUUGCCUUCAAAGAUCUAACAAUAACUCUUAAAAAGAAGCAUAAGCAUUUGAUGAGAAGUGUUACUGGAAAAAUAAUGCCUGGCCGAAUAUCCGCAGUCAUGGGUCCAUCAGGUGCUGGGAAGACAACGUUUCUUUCUGCAGUGGUAGGAAAGAUUAUUGGUUGCACAGUAACAGGCUCAAUCCUCAUAAAUGGGAAGGAUGUAUCCAUUCAGUGUUACAGGAAAAUAAUUGGUUUUGUACCCCAAGAUGAUAUAGUCCAUGGCAACCUGACAGUGGAAGAGAACCUCCGCUUCAGUGCACGAUGCAGGCUAGCUCAAGACCUUCCAAAGGCUGACAAGGUCCUCAUCAUCGAAAGGGUCAUUGAAUCACUGGGUCUACAAGGGGUGAGGGAUUCAUUAGUUGGGACUGUUGAAAAGCGGGGAAUCUCAGGUGGUCAGAGGAAACGAGUUAAUGUUGGGAUGGAAAUGGUCAUGGAACCUUCAUUGCUAAUAUUGGAUGAGCCCACAUCUGGUCUAGACAGUUCAUCUUCCAACUUACUUCUUAAAGCUCUUAGGCGUGAAGCUCUUGAAGGGGUAAACAUCUGCAUGGUUGUUCACCAACCAAGCUACACAUUGUACAAGAUGUUUGAUGACUUGAUACUUCUCGCGAAAGGCGGUCUUAUUGUGUACCAAGGAUCUGUAAAGAAAGUAGAAGAAUAUUUUAAAGGCCUUGGAAUAAUUGUCCCAGAUCGUGUAAAUCCUCCAGACCACUUCAUUGACAUCCUUGAGGGAAUUGAGAAACCACCUGAAGGUCUGACUAUUGAACAACUUCCUGUUCGAUGGAUGCUUUAUAAUGGAUAUCGUGUACCCCCUGAUAUGAUGCACUUAUGUGAUGAGAUGGCAGCAUCAUCAAAGGGUGCCCCUCCACCUCCCCAACCUACUGCAGGAGAAACAAUGUGGCACGAAAAGCGAGAUUCCAUACAUCACAACUUCUUAGCAUCACAUGACUUAUCUAAUCGAGUCACUCCUGGUGUGGCACGCCAGUAUAGGUACUACAUUGGAAGGUUAAUCAAGCAGAGAUUGCGAGAAGCUAAAGUACAAGCAGCUGAUUAUCUGAUCCUUUUGGUGGCUGGAGCAUGCCUAGGAACCCUUUCAAAGACAAAGGGUGACACAUUCGGAUAUUAUGGCUACAUGUAUAGUGUUAUUGCAAUCUCACUCCUAUGUAAGAUUGCAGCUCUAAGAUCCUUUACCUCGGACAAGUUAGAGUAUUGGAGAGAGAGAUCAAGCGGCAUUAGCAGCCUAGCAUAUUUUCUUUCAAAGGAUAGUGUGGACCUUUUCAAUACUAUCAUAAAGCCCUUGGUUUUCCUUUCAAUGUUCUAUUUUUUCAACAAUCCCAGAUCAACAUUUGGGGAGAAUUACGUCGUCUUUCUGUGCCUUGUGUAUUGUGUUUCUGGAAUGGCCUAUGUAUUUGCAGUUUGCUUUCAACCCGGUCCUGCACAACUGUGGUCCGUUCUUUUUCCUGUCGUUCUGACUCUCGUAGCAAACCAGGAUGCGAAUGACAAGGUUGGGAAGUAUGUAGCAAGGUUUUGUUAUCCAAAGUGGGCUUUAGAAGCCUUUGUUACAGUAAAUGCACAAAGAUUCUCUGGAGUUUGGCUGAUAACUCGCUGUGGGGCACUAAUGAAACUAGGUUUCGAUGUUCACGACUGGACUAGAUGUCUAAUUCUGCUCUUGCUCACUGGCGUACUUAGUCGAUUGGUAGCCUUCCUUUGUUUAAUUAGUCUAGGAAAGAAAUGACUUCACUGCCAUAGUUUUGUAGGGAGAUUGUACUGUAUAAGCCACCACUUCUAUGUACCAUGCUAUCAUAAGGGGAGAGGAAGUAGGUAGGGGAGAGAAGAAAAAAAGUAGUUUGGCUGGAGAAAAUAGAGUGGAAAUAUUUGAUUAAAGUGAUUUCAUUUCCUCUUGUGGCGUGGAAGUUACUAUUCAUUAGGAGGAGGGAAUACUAAAAUUUUCUUCUCUAACUCCUCUCCCCAAAGCAUGUAUAUACGUCUUGUAAAUCCUUUUUAGACAGAAAUGCUACAGGUUUACAUAUAUGGUACGCUUUCACUG